CUCGUCCUCGGGUCGCCGGUCGUCGGGCAGCCGGCACGUGAGCAGCACGACGGUGUCCUCGUCGGAGGCGGUGGCGGCGGCGGCGGCGGGCCGGCGCGGGCGGCGACGCGAGCGGCGGUGGCGCUGGCGGCGGCGGCGGGGAGGGUCGCCCGCGGCGGGCCCGCGUCGUCGGGCGCGGCGGGGCGGCGCGGGGGGCGGCGGCGGGCGGUGCCCUCGUCCACCACCCUCAAGUGCACGCUCUGCCAAGAGCGCCUGGAGGACACGCACUUCGUGCAGUGCCCGUCGGUGCCGCACCACAAGUUCUGCUUCCCGUGCUCAAGGGACUCCAUCAAGCGGCAGGGCGCGGGGCAAGAGGUGUACUGCCCGAGCGGAGAGAAGUGCCCGUUGGCCAACUCGAACGUGCCGUGGGCUUUCAUGCAGGGCGAAAUCGCCACCAUUCUGGGCGAAGAGUUCAAGAUCAAGAAGGAGACCUAAGCCGGCCCUAGCGCCCCCCAAGGGCUCCCUGGGUUGGAAGGUGGCACCCGCGGUGCUGUGGCGAGCGCCACGGCCCCCGCGAGUGUGUGAAGUGGCCGCUGCAGGUUCUGCAGCGCUCCCUCUCAUAUUGUCUGCCCCCGUUUUGUCGGGGUCUGUCUCCCGUCCCCGCCCCACGGGCCUCUUUAUGGUCUUUCGGCGUAGCCGCAACACGGAAAAGCGCUUUUGUUGUGGACGGUCUGGUUUGAUGAUGUGAAGAUGAUGAUGAUGAUGAUGAUGAUGAUAUUGGUCUCCGAGAAUGGCGGUUUUUGUGUAUUU